AUGGCGCUGGCGCUACUUUCUUCCAAUCCGUUUGCCGAUUCGAUCUCUUCGUUAAGUGACUUUGAUAAUGUGACCUCCAUGCUAGAAGACUUUCCAAGCGAUCUCCUCAGCGACUCGCCGACUCUCCUCAGUCACUCGCUCCACAGUCAUCCGCUUCGCAAUCUCAUUUCCAUCGCUGGUAACCGGGGAACCCAAGCUCUUAGGGAGCUCGACAACGACUCGCUCGGCGUUCCCAAGGUUGCCGUUGAAGAGACUCCAGACGCGAUUAAAUUCGUCGCGACCGUUCCGGGCCUCGAGAAGAAGGAUAUGCAAGUGCAGGUGCGGGGGAAGGAUGUUCUGACGAUCACCGGCAAGCGGACCAGAGAGGAGAGAGACGGCGACGACAGCAACCGCGUUGUAAAGGAGUUCAGCAGCUUCAAGCGAAGCUUCCGAUUGCCACGUGGCGUGACUACGAAAAUGGUUACAGCAGUGGCGCGGAAUGGCGUGCUCACCGUGACGGUUCCUAAAAAAACGUCUCCCAAGGAAACGUCUGGUCGAGCCAGCGGUGUGUAA